GGGGGCGGGGGGGCGGUGCCGUUGGACCAAUCCACGCUCAACCGAAGAGCUAAAUAAUGUCUGACCCGAGCUCCAGGCGCAGGCAGGAGCUCCUGGUCCUCGCCGCUGCCGCCCCGGGCGCACCCGACCGCUCGCUGCCCCGCGCUCCCCGUCGCGCCACGGGCUCCGGGGUGGGGCCGAGGAGCCGGCCCGGCGUGCCCCCCACAUCCCCCUGAAGCUUUGAUGAGACACUUCAACCUCGGCUGCUUCUGCUGCUGUUGGGCCGCCAGCGAGCGGCUCCGCGACGGGGGCCGGGGCUGGGCUCAGGGGCCAGAAGCGGGACAGAGAUGUGACUCCUCCGCCGGGGACCCGUGAGCUUUGUGUGGACCCCGAGUUCCACCAGGUGAGAAGAGUGAUGACCAUCCUUUUCCUUACUAUGGUUAUUUCAUACUUCGGUUGCAUGAAGGCUGCCCCUAUGAAAGAAGCAAACGGCCGAGGACAAGGCAGCGUGGCCUACCCAGGAGUGCGGACCCAUGGGACUCUGGAGAGCGUGAAUGGGCCCAAGGUAGGUUCGAGAGGCCUGACGUCAUUGGCUGACACUUUUGAACACGUGAUAGAGGAGCUGUUGGAUGAGGACCAGAAAGUUCGGCCCAAGGAAGAGAACAGUAAGGACGCGGACUUGUACACUUCCAGGGUGAUGCUCAGUAGUCAAGUGCCUUUGGAGCCCCCACUUCUCUUCCUGCUUGAGGAAUACAAAAAUUACCUGGACGCCGCAAACAUGUCCAUGAGGGUGCGGCGCCACUCCGACCCUGCCCGCCGCGGAGAGCUGAGCGUAUGCGACAGCAUCAGCGAGUGGGUGACAGCGGCCGAUAAAAAGACUGCAGUGGACAUGUCGGGCGGGACGGUCACGGUCCUUGAAAAGGUGCCUGUAUCGAAAGGCCAACUGAAGCAGUACUUCUACGAGACCAAGUGCAAUCCCAUGGGUUACACGAAGGAGGGCUGCCGCGGCAUAGACAAGAGGCACUGGAACUCCCAGUGCCGAACUACCCAGUCGUACGUGCGGGCCCUCACCAUGGAUAGCAAAAAGCGCAUUGGCUGGCGGUUCAUAAGGAUAGACACUUCCUGUGUAUGUACACUGACCAUUAAAAGGGGAAGAUAGUGGAUUUAUGUUGUAUAGAUUAUAUUGAGACAAAAAUUAUCUAUUUGUAUAUAUACAUAACAGGGUAAAUUAUUCAGUUAAGAAAAAAAAUAAUUUUAUGAACUGCAUGUAUAAAUGAAGUUUAUACAGUACAGUGGUUCUACAAUCUAUUUAUUGGAUAUACCCAUGACCAGAAGGGAAACAGUCAUUUUGCGCACAACUUUAAAUCUGCAUUACAUUCCUCUGUGAUGUUGUGGCGGGUUGCUGUUGCCAAGAAUUGAAAACGUAAAGUUUUAAAAAAUAAUAAUAAAUUGCAUGCUGCUUUAAUUGUGAAUUGAUAAUAAACUGUCCUCUUUCAGAAAACAGACAAAAAAACAACAACAAAAAUUUGAACCCAAACAUUCCGUUUACAUUUUAGACAGUGAGUAUCUUCGUUCCUGUUAGUACUAUUAUCUGUUUUACUGCUUUUAACUUCUGAUAGCGUUGGAAUUAAAACAAAGUCAAGGU